CUUCUUAAAAUUGGGAUGGUCCGAAUGUCCAAUGGACCUAAAUGCAUAAGGUGCUGAGGUCACAAGUUAAAUGUGAGGUCACGUUUUUCGAGUUUAGCGUGACGCUUCUUUCUUUUCUCAAAGAACUGGUGGAUUAUUUCAUCGUCCCAACCUGUUGUUCUCUUUCUUAAUAUUUUUGAGUCUAAGAGGAUUAUUAUUGAAUGAAAUUCAUUUAUUCUUUUAGAAUUUCUACACUUCCAAGGAAAUGAUGCAGGCAAUGCGCAGAUGGCAGAAAGGCUCAAUUUUGAUUCUCCUGUCCACGAAAAUAGCAGCACCCACUGAAUCAUCUGCUACCUGUUCUGCCUUCUUCCAUUCUACUCCGGUCUGGUUGGAGAAGCGGAAGAGCAAGUGGGAGUCCCAUUUCAGAGGAAAUCAACAGCCGUCGAAGUCAAACAAAAAUGCUAUCCGGUAUGCAGUACGUCAAAAGCGUGCAGACUCAAGGAAAGCUUUGAAAGAUCUGCUCUUUUAUGGGGGCUCCAUUGAUAACUAUCUUGAGGAAAAAUAUCCGGUAGAAAAUGUGAGAUGGAAUGUAGAGCAAAAUGAUGACCCUUUAGACAACAAAAGUGAACUCAAGACUUCAGCUCGUAGUAGGACUCGCUUGAGGAGAAGGCAGCGUAAACUGAAGAAACAGUGUUUAUAUGAAGACGAUUAUGAUGAUGAACAUCCAGAGAAAAUAUUUCGAGCAACCUUUGGUGACAAAUCGUACACGUGGUCUUACAAGCCAUGGAAGGAAUUUUCAUUUGAUGGUAAAAAAACUCGAGUUCGCCAUGAAGAAGAAAUGAGGGAAUGGAGUGGCAGACAGCAAAGCGAUCACAAUAGUUCAGACACCAAUCAUAGCAUUAGUGGGUCUUAUAUUGUAGGGUCAUACUCCGAACGAUCAAUCCUAGGUCUUCCUGUCAGGGGCCCUUUGAAGAUUGAGGAUGUCAAGAAUGCUUUUCGCCUCUCAGCUUUAAAGUGGCAUCCUGAUAAGCACCAAGGUCCUUCACAGGCUGCUGCAGAAGAGAAAUUCAAGUGUUGUGUUACAGCGUACAAAUCAUUGUGUGAUGCCCUCUCCCCAGCAUAACCCCCACCACCCAUUUUUACUCAUUUCAUCUUUGAUCUAAGGAGGCCGGUUAGCUUUAGAACAGGGUAUGUAAGCUUGGUAAUUAUGAUUCAACAAGGUCUCGCUUUGUCAUUAUGGAUGGAGAAGUUGGAGUGUGGACUGUGUGGUGUCAAUGAAGUCAGGGGCGUAGCUAGGAUCGGGGGACAUCGUAGGUUCUGACCCACACCAAAUUUCAAUUUUAUUUAAAUUAUUAUGGUGAAAAACCGUGUAAAAGGUUUAAAAGAAAAUCUUUUUACCAGUCCAAUAUACCGCCCUUAGUCCUCACUACACCACUGAAUGGAGUCAUUCAUCUAAGAGCUUGCCAAUUUAUACAGAGUAUAAUUUAACAUGUUAUGAAAAUUACUAGUGAGGUAUGUUUCAUUCAUUUAUGCAAUGUAGUUGGUUAGUUACUA